AUGUCUCAAUCUAAAGGUGUCGCCCUCGUAACCGGCUCAGCACAAGGAAUCGGCCGUGCGAUAGCAAUCAGAUUAGCCCAAGAUGGCUUCGAUCUAGCGCUCAAUGAUCUACCCGGAAAGAAAGAGGAGGGCUCCUACCAUCCUAGGACAUGCAUUGUGACUUGCGAUGUCAGUAAAGAGGACGAGGUGAAGAGCAUGAUUGAUUCUGUAAUUGACGUUCUAGGGAGCUUGGACGUCAUGGUCGCGAAUGCUGGAAUUAGUGCCAUGAUAGAUAUCUUAAGUGAAACUCUAGAAGGCUGGGACCGCAUGAUGAGAAUCAACGCCACCUCUGCGUUCCUGUGCUAUAAAUACGCCGCAAUCCAGAUGAUAAAACAGGGACGUGGCGGACGCAUCAUCGGUGCCAGCUCCAUGGUAGGAAUACAGGCCACAUCCCCCCUGUUGUCGUACAGUGCAAGUAAAUUUGCUGUUAGAGGCAUAACGCAAGCGGCUGCACUGCAACUCGGACAAUAUGGAAUCACAGUCAAUUCCUAUGCUCCGGGCAUCAUAGCAACACCCAUGGUUGUCGCAUCAAAGGCUCAAGUUGCAAAGCGAGGUGACAAGGACGACUACUUUCAAAAGACGAUUGACACCUCUGCAGUCGGAUACGUCGGACAGCCGGAAGAUGUCGCCAGCGCUGUUGCAUACCUUUCUUCUAAGGAGGCCCAUUUCAUUACAGGCAAGUUUUCCAUCCCACAAGGGCUGUAUGAGAGCUAA